AUGAAGGCCGACUACCUCUACAAGCAUGGAUCAGGGAACCAAUUCAGCCAACUUUCCUCCGAGGCCCUGGUCCCGCAGAGCAGCGACGCCUCUGCUCAGAAUCCCUUCAUCAACCGCAAUGCCCGGCGCCCGCAGUUCAACACGAAUCUGCAAGUACACGCGCCUCACAGGGAAGAACUCAACCUCAACCGCGUCCAUACUUGUCCAGUUCCCGGGGUGUUCUCGUGUACCCCGGAGGCUCAAAGCACGACCUCGUGCUGUGUACAGAAGCCAGGUGGUGUGUUGCUCCACGUUCAGCUCUGGGAUGUGGGAAUCGGCCUGCCCAACAGCUGGGGCAUUCACGGGCUCUGGCCUGACUUGUGCAAUGGCGGCUAUGAUGAGAGCCACGAUGGUGAUGGCCGUGCCUACACCCCCGAACAGAUCUCCGACGUGCUCGCUGCCUCCGGGCCCGACGGGCAGUCUCUCGUCGACUUCAUGAACCAAGUGUGGUUAAGCAAUGAUGACUCCCCUUCUGAGUUCUGGGCGCACGAGGCGAGUGAUGCGCAUUUUCCUGGAAGACGCACGGUGUGCGGGUGUCGACGCUCGAACCAAGCUGCUUCAAUGACUACCAGGGACUUUGUGUGCAAAGGACGCAAGCUCAGCCAGGUCGAGUACUACCUGCGUGCACAGGGGCCGGUCCAGGACGGCAAUUUCGUGCAGAGUCACCCGACGAGGAACAGUAAUUGCCCGGAUGAGGGAAUUGAGUACCCGAUGAAGUACAGGGACGGAGAGCCUAUGAAUGAUCGGGCAGGUCGUAGCUCGGGAAGAGAGGGCGGCAAUGAGAGCAGGAGGGCAGAGCAGGGAGAGCAGGAGCAUGGCAGGGAACACGAACGCGGUCAUGAGAGCGAGAGCAGGAGGCGCCAUGAAGAAGAGAGGCACCAUGAGGAAAGGCACCAUCAUUACGACGAUUUCUGA